AUGUCGUCCAGAGCAGAGGUGGCUGCGCGAUCCAGCCUGCGCUUACCGAACGGCGUAGCGCCUCAUCUUCAAGGUUUGAGCGACCAUGUGCACGUUCCUGCCACCUUGCCUCGAAAAUGGCACUUUUACCCCGCCAUGGCCUUGGCAGGCUGGGUAUGGAGUGUGACGCCAACAUCUUGGAUCAUCCUCCUCGCCGCUCUGUAUCGAAGAUGCACUGGACUGGACAAGCAUUCCAACUGGCUAGCGUGGGGUCUAGGUGCCUCGUCCAGUUCGCCCCUGAUCGGCAAAUUCUUCUACUACUACUCUUUCCUGGAAGUUCCCUUCUCCAUCUAUCUCUUUUUGCUCACCCGCAAAGCCAAUCGGAGAACACCACCUCCCAAAGUGGACAACAAGACCUUGGAGGAUUUGAUGGUGCAGUGUUUGGAUGUCGGCUUGGCCGCUCAUCCUCCUCGCCGACGAGGAGCAGGCAAGCACGCUCAAGAUGAUUCCAAGUUCGAAACGCACACUGUCUCGGAUCAAGAAGCAGCAGUGGCGUGGAAGAGGUUGAUGCGAUGGUUCUACUUUGAAGAUCCAAACGAGAUCAAGGCGGACAACGUCAGACAAUGGCUGGCUUGGGCUUUUGCUGGACGAGAAUUGGAGGAAUGCAAAGGCGACAAGGACUUGGAAUACAUCAUUGAGAGAGCUUUCAAUUUGGUGCAAGCAAGACUGAAGCAUACUUUCGCGCCGGGAUUCAACACUUCAAUGAAAACAUUGAGGCUAACCCUCGACCCUGUGGCCACUCGAUCGAGACCACUUGGGUACUAUGCCGUCUGCAACGGAGUUACGGGUGCGAGUGAGUGGAAUCAAAGUCUGCUGGGAGAACGCGAAAUGGGCAUGGGACGCGACUGUAUGCUAUACUACGGCAAAAGCUUCGCUUCGACAGUCCGCUCUUGAGUGAAGAGCUUUUUAUGCUGACAUUGCUCUUCACCUGCAGCCAAAGCUUGGCUUCGUCAUUCCCACGGCUUUAGGUACGAGCAAGUCGGCGAUUGCGCAUUCCUGGUGAAGGAUGCAGUCAGCAAAGCCUACUCCGCAAACGGGGUCAAUGGGGUCAACGGCAAGUCGCACUCCAAGCCUUUGCCGAUUCUGUUCUUGCACGGUCUGGGUAUUGGGUGAGUCGCUGCGAAGGCAAGGUCGGAGGCGUAGGCGUAUCACGCCGUUCAUCCUCAGCUUCUUCACGUGCGGCUGUCACACAGAUUGGGACAGUAUGCCGCUUUCCUAAAGUAUUUGGCUCGCUAUGAGCACGGAGUGUAUAUCCUUCUGCAACCCAACAUCAGCGCGGAUAUCUGGCACAAGCAUUAUCUGGAUGCUCCGAACAAGGACCAGCACAUUGCGUCUGUCAAAGCGCUGGCCAAGCGGCACAAGAUUGAAUCUUUCCAAGUGCUAAGCCACAGCAACGGCACGAUGGUCACAGGCUGGGUUGCCAGAGGAGCUCCAGAGCUCUGCAAGAAGCACGUCAUUGUGGAUCCCGUAUCUUUUAGACUUUGGGAAGGCGCCACUUGCUACGCGUUCAUCGCACGGCCUUGGGCCACUGGUGUCGAGGUGCUGCUGGGUUACUUUGUCGCAAGAGAAUUGGGGAUUGCGCAUACCAUUGCCAGGCGCUUCAUUUGGAGCGACAUGCUUUGUGAGUCAUGCGAGACGCCAGCAAGAUCACGGGCCGAGAAGAGGAAUAUCGUGCGCAUCUAGGCACAAUCCGCGUUCGGGCUGACUCCCACUUGCCUUUUCAACACAAGUGUGGGUGCAUGAUCUACCAGAAAAACUCACGCCGGACAACGUGCAGCUGGUCUUUGGCGAGCGCGAUAUGUGAGUGGCUCGAAGGACAGUUGACGCUGUUCCGGCUCGGCAAACGCAGCGCUGACGGGCCUGCUGGCUCAUCGCUCUGCGAACAGGCUGCUCGACGUUCCGGCAUCGGUGGACUACCUCAGAUCAGCAGGUGUACCUGCCGAAUGCAUUCACGUGUUACCAAAUUAUCAGCAUGGCAAGGCUCUCUUCAUUGAUGCAAAGGGCAUGCACAUCGCUCUGCAUGCUCUGGGCAUGGAAUGA